AAGACAGAAAAUUCAAGAUACAGUGAUUUGAUAUAAAAAGAAGUUCAAAAUGAUGAUUUAUCUAAAUGAUAGUUUACUAAACUGUGAAGGGAGCGGUAAAGUGGGAUAUUUUGUGUUAAGUUUAUUUGUCCUAUUUUUCAUCAUCUUAAUUAAGCAAGAAACUAGCAGGAAGUUAGUUAUAACAUAUCUCAAUGCGCACACGCCUUAUUAAAGCGUCAAUAAUUAAUCUUCAGUAUCCAAAGCUCGUGGCGCCGGCGUCAGUCUCGACUCGCCGAUGUCGCGACGCGCAUGCUCGGGCGCAGUGGUGUGAGUGCGAAGUGCUGUGCUAUGAUUUAUCUGUGAUAUUGAAUUAGGAUUUACAAUAUGAAGUGUGUUUUAUUGAUAAGUGUUUAUUAUCUACUAACUGUCACAGCUUCCAUAACAUAUGACGAACACAACGUUUUGCAGCAAACCAUAUUUGCGGAUCGUAUAAAGAGCAGCGAAGAUGUGGAAGAUCUCAGUAAACCUCCCUACAAAAUAGAUAAACCAGUGUCGGUAGACGUUUCAAAGCUUUCCUUGGCAAAUAAAAUACUGUCUUAUCCACUGAUGCUACACACUGUGUUCAAGUUAGAGAAAUACAAAACAUCAAAUCUAUUCUCUAUAACCGAUCCAACUGGUUAUGUUAAAAAAUUAAUGUUGACUCUGAAGGCGAACCCCGGAAACUUGAACGAAUUUAUAUUGAAAAGUGACAGUUUCUCAACGAAGACUGUUAGUUUUAGAGAAAAAAUGAGUUUGAAAAACAAAUGGACAAAUGUUUCUUUCUACAUUCAACACGACAAAGUGUCUUUUUGGCUGGAUUGUGAAAAGAGAGAGCCGGAUUUCGAAAGGAGUGGUGUUGUGUUUCAUGAUAUUGAUUUGAGUGGUGAUUAUCAAGUACACUUGAGUGACGCGGUACAUCCUUUCCACGGUGAAUUUCAAGACAUAAAGAUUUUCGUCGGCGCUGAAGAAAGUAUUAUCGAUAGUAUAUGUACAACUGCUGGUAAACCGGCUGGGGGUUAUGGUGGGCCAAUAGCAGCAAGUCUUACCGCUGAAGGGCCCUUUACGGAUUUCUUCGAUUCGAGAACAUCGUCGACGACAGAGAGGAGUGAUGGAAUUGGUGGCGAUGAUGAAGAUAUAGAAGGUUCCGAUUUUGUACCAGGAUCAUCAGGAGAAAUUGGUAAAUGUGAAUGCUCUGAGUCGACCAUAUCAAGCUUGCUUGCGUCCAUGCCCGAGAUGAGAGGACCGCCAGGAAGUCCGGGGCCACAGGGCGACCAAGGUGAAACUGGACUAGCUGGCCCACGGGGUGCACCAGGUGAGCCUGGACCAAGAGGGUACACUGGACACAUCGGGCCAAGAGGAGAAGAUGGCAGUCCAGGUAGAACCGGACUUCCAGGACGCGAUGGUGAACCAGGCAAGGCAGGGGAACCGGGACCAGUUGGGCCACCCGGGCCGCAGGGAUCCCCUGGAGUUUGUACUGUGAUGAAGGGAACAGAAGAAAAAAAAGAAGUAGCCGUACCGGGUGAAAGAGGACCACCUGGACCAAUUGGUCCCCCUGGUCCUAGAGGACCGGAAGGAGAAAGGGGCGCAAAAGGAGAAACUGGAAUCAAAGGAGACAAAGGUGAUCAGGGAACAAAGGGAGAAAGAGGAGAACCAAGAGAAGAUGGAAGAGACGGGGCUCCAGGUAUGCCUGGAAGUGACGGGCUACCCGGUCAUAAAGGACAAAAAGGCGAUACUGGCAUCAUUGGUCCGCCCGGUUUGGCUGGCAUGCCAGCUAAAUUAACAUCAUUGUUAUCAGAUGAAAUAGAUCCUACAGAGAAGGCUGAAAUUGCUGAUUUAUUGAGAGGACCAAAGGGAGAGAAAGGAGAUUAUGGCGUCAAGGGUGACAGAGGGGAUGAUGGGACAAAUGGACUACCGGGAAACGACGGUAAAGAUGGCCGAGACGGAACACCGGGAGAGCAAGGCCCACAAGGACCAAAAGGGGAGCAUGGACCACCUGGACCAAGAGGUCAUAAAGGAGAACGUGGAGAACCUGGACCACCCGGAAACACUCCUGCUGCUGCCAUUACGUUAACUAAGGGCGAUAAAGGAUCGCAUGGUCAUCCUGGAAAGGCGGGCCCAAAAGGAGAUCCUGGCCCUAAAGGCGAACAAGGUACGCCGGGAGAAAAUGGAACUAAAGGAGAUAAAGGAAAUAGUGGACCUCCGGGACCUAUAGGACACAAAGGCGUUGAAGGUAAAAAAGGGUCGACCGGAGAAAAGGGAGAGAAAGGGGAAAGAGCUCAACCCAUUGACUUGGCAUUGCUGAAAGGCGAAAAAGGUGAAAGAGGUCAGAUUGGGCCCACGGGACCAAUUGGUCCUCCUGGACCCUCGGGCGCUACCUCCAAUCACACGGCUAUUCCUGGACCUGUUGGACCUUCUGGUCCACCUGGACCUCCCGGCCCUCCUGGCGAACCUGGCCUACCCGGGUCCCCUGGGUUGACUAUAACUGGACCAUUAAGUGGACCAGCGGAAGCACUAAAUUCUAUUUACUAUGACAUCGGAGAAGAUGACUUCUACACAGCUUCCACAGUGGUCUACAAAAGCCGGACAGCAUUAAUAAAAAGAACCGAAAGCACGCCUCUAGGAACCUUAGCCUUCGUCUUACAAGAGGAAAUUCUUCUUUUACGGGUCCAAAAUGGGUGGCAAUAUGUCCGGAUGGGUUCCAUAUGGAACGUCCAGUCCUCAUCAACGACCACUCGACCACCGUGGCAUGACCCUGCACCAGUAACGACGCGGUCCCCAAGGGCAAACAACGUUGUCGCAAGCACCGACAGACCUCCGAGGGUGAGACCUCGACCACCACGGCGUUUAAAGACAAAUUACAUUCGUCUAAUAGCGUUAAACAGCCCAUACACGGGUAGAAUGUUAAGUGAGACGAAUUCAAGUUUUAGUUUCUACGCGAUAGCAAAUGACUGCAGAAGGCAGGCCCAAAGACACAAUAUUAGCGGUCACUUUGAACCUUUACUCGAUUAUAGGGAUGGUGGCUUAGAGAAUCUUGUAGAUAAAAAAUACCAUGAACUACCUGUAGGAAACUUGUUUGGAGACAUGUUGUUUAACACGUGGCAAGACAUGUUUUAUGACCUGGGUCACAUUCCUCCGACUGCAAACAUAUUUGGGUUCAAUGGAAAGAGUAUAUUUAUUGACCCAAACUGGCCUGAACAUAAAUUAUGGCAUGGAUCUAACACACUAGAUGUGGGCCAGAAGGCCAACUGCCAAGACUGGAGUAGCGAGAGCCCUAAAAAUUUUGGGACUGCGUCAACGCUUGCCAAAAAUAGGUUGCUGGAGAGAGAAUUGCAUCCGUGCAACAGCAAAUUCAUCGUGUUGUGUGUAGAAGUAAUACCAAACAUGCCUAGAAGACAAAGGCAUAUACCAGCCAGAAGACGAAGAAGGUUAACGUGACCAUUUUUAAUUUAAGUGCCUUCAAAACUUAGUUUGAGAAUCACUACUGAACCUCAGGUGUGGUUAACCUCUCGUAUGGCGCGAUUGUUUUUUUUUUUCAAAUAGUUUCCACGUACGCGGAUCCACUUUAGGCAUACGAGCGCUGAACUCUGAUAGCGCAAAGACAGAUAAAUAUCAGAGCAUAUGAACGUAAAAAAUGUCGAUUUGAUUUGAUAUUACUACCACUGUGAGUAUUUUAUGAUUAAUAUAAUAUCAAAUAGAUAGUUUUAGAGUUCUAAUGUGGCGUUGUGUGUUUCAUAUUUACAUCGUUUUAUUUAAGGCAAAUAAUUCGAACACAAAAGGCUAAGUGUGUUGUAUGAAGUACCUAGUAUUUCUUCUUGUAGGUAGGUAUAGGUAACAUUAACAGCGAAUGAAUGUUGACUACAAACUGGACUAAAGUUUGUUAUUCGUUUAAUACUGUCAAAAAUACCAAUUCAACUUUUGAAUUAACCACUUUAAUUAACUAAAAAAACUAACAUUUUCUAAAUCUCGAAACUAGCUCCAUCAAUUACGAUGGAAUUUAGGCAAAAAAUUGUUUUCCCGAGUUUUUGCACACUCGCCGAAAGCGAAACAUUUGAGGAUAAGCAGAAAAAAAUAAUCUAUCCCAUAUAUCGGUGGGUAAUAAGUGACUAACGUUAGUAGGACGUCAACGAUAGUCACUAAGAUAUUUUAAGAUUUUUAUUAUUGUAUGUAUGUUAGUCUGUAAGGUAUGUAUAUAUGGGCCAUAGUUGCCUGAAAAUAAAUGAUAUUUAAUUUAAUUUAAUUUAAAACAAUUAGCUACAUGUAUAAAUUUUUGGGAAGACGUCAAUUGAUUCUACUUCCCGUGAGAUUGAAAUGUCUGAGUUUGAAUGACCCCUAAAAAAUACAUAUUGCGAAAAUAAAUGAGUAAAAACGCCCCAUAAUAAAACUGACGUCACAAGUCCCACGUCUGCGCCAAAAUGUUCUAUUGAAAAAAUGUGGAAAAAUAAAGUAAAUUCGUAUAAAAUAUUAUAGCCCUUCGUCUAAAAAAAUUGAAUAACUGAAGAUGCAGAUACCUAGAUAAAUCAUUGCAUUUUCUUAAUGACACCGAAAUAUAAAGGAUUGUGACAAGGGUAAUGUUUGAUAAGAUUAUGUGAAAUUAGAACUUGUAAAGACAGACAAAUAACAGUAUAAUUUCUUAUUUCGUGUACUUAUUUACAAUAACUCGUUUUAAUGAAUACUCGUUUGUUGUUAAUUCAUUCAAAAACUAAUGAUUAUAUAGAAGUAAUUUUUAGGUCUUAUAGAAAUAAAAGAAUUAAAAUACUCGUAGAUUAGCAUUUAUAUUUAAGCUAAUUAAACCAAAUAUUUGGGUAAAUUUUUUUGUGUAAUAGUUUGUCCAAAUAUUUUAUUUAUUUAUUUGUCCUGCCGAUUUACGUACCAAUUGUACAAUUGUACAUAGUCUACCUUUGUAAAUAUUACAAUUAUCUUUUAAAGUAAUGAUUCUUUUUUACUAUUUUAUGUGAUAUUUUUAGGCAAAAUUUUCAAUAAAAAGGUAUUUUGCUUGAAAAUUGAGUAUGGUUUACAAUUUUUACAAAGUUAUAUAAUGAAUCCCUAGUAUCGUGACGCCAAUGUACAAUUAAUUAUACACUCUGUUUCAAUGAAAUUUCAACUUAAGUACAUAAAUGAAAGUAGCAUUUCUUUUGUCUCAUAAAAUUUUAAACAAAUGAAAUUCAACCCAAUUAAAAACACAACUAGAUUCAAACUUCCCUAGCAAUAUUUUUUGGGGGGCGGCACGAGGUUAGAGUUUAAUCCAUAACGGAACUUCAUCGACUGUCUUAAUUUUAUAAGUAUAGUACCUUUAUGUUAUGACAGCCACAGCAUGUGCUACAACAAUAAGAGUCGCACGGAUCAUACCUAUGCAGUAUUUUGAAUAUAAAAUUAUAACCAAGCCUAAAUUAAUAACUAGGGAUGUUAGUACAAAUGUGUCCGUCAGAUCAUCCCAGAAAAAUGUGUCUGGUGUACAAAUCUGGCAAUGUAUGAUUGUAAUGAGUCACAGAUUUAUGUAACAGUGAUCUAUCCGCAGACACAUCUGUGCCUAAAUCCCUGCGACACAUAAUAUCAAAAUAUAAAGUUUUUUUUUUAUAAAUUAUUUCAAAACAGUUCUGUAGUCUAUCGGUUUAUACUUUGUAUUUGACAUUCUUGAUCCAGAGUGAUGAAUUCAAUUCGUAGUAUACAAUUUAGUUACGAAUAAGUCACAUUAUUUCGGUAUAUUUACGUUUAACUUUUUGUUUAUUUUCCUUGUGCCAUACAAAAAAAAAAUUAGCUUUACUUUUAAAACUAAGAAUUAAAAGUAAAAUGAAAUAGUAAUAAAUUUGUUUAUUGAUUUUAAAGUACGUUUUUUCUUCCCCUACAACCCUCUAUUUUUGUCAUUACAAAUAAAUAUGUAAUCAGUAUCAUGCACGAAGAUAACUCGACGAGUUCAAGGAUAUGGUACCUAUUGUAUAUAGGAUGCACUGAAAAUCAGCCUCGUUGCGUACUACGAGCCUAGUAUUCUUUUUGGGCAUACGGAUCAUGACAUUUCUGAUAGUUGCAAGAUUGUGUUGUUUCAAGUAAAUUAUUUUUUCCUUGUUUUAUAUAUUUUUAACAUUAAGUACUCACAAUGACCGCUCCUUUAAAAAAUUGUCUGUUAAUUAAAGUACUAAAGUUUAUGUUAUGCUUAUAUUCAGUAUCCCAGUCCUUAAUUGUGCCCUUGACCACUUAUACGGACACUUAUUAACCUGCAACCCUUUUUAAUAAUCCUCAAAUUAUUAAACACAUUUAUUUUCAUUGCGACACAGUGGUAUAUUAAAUUUCCCCACAGAAUAAGACCGACGUCCGCUUUGUAACUCAGACGCCACAAAAAGCGUUUUUUCUAAAUGCAGGAUGACAAUGGAAAUUUUAACUUUAUGGAGCCGUGUAUAGUCGGGAGUCGACGUCAAUGACUAUGUUUACACUAUAAAGAGAACCUUGUUCCUGUAUAAUACAGCAAAUAAUAUAAAUAAUCUUUUAGUAGUCGUAGAGCCGAUGCAUGUAGGUAGGGUUUAAUUAUUCGUAACUAUACAUAGACUUUGUAGGCUUAGAAAGCCAUCAAGGAAGCAGAUGCAGGUAUGUAGGCAGGUAAUGGCAUUGGAUUGGAUGACAUUGGACGAAAGUUGAAUACCUACUUCUUUAAUAGUAAGUUACAUUCGGUACUUUCAAUUAACAAUUUAGGUAAAAGUAUAGUUAUUUAUGAAAUGAGGACUUGAGAAUUUAAAUAUCAGAAUGAAAAUGUCCUACAAAUCCAUUUAAAGCCAAAUUUUUUAUUGCUUGUUGUAAAAAAAGUACUUGGAAUGUAAA